AUGGUGCGACUGAACUGCGCGAUAGUUGAACAAAGGAGCACGACCACGAUCGUCAUCGACGAGGGCCUGCCUGUGUAUGAGCUAAAGGUGGCCAUUAAGGCGGAGCAGUCGAAUGAUCUCAAGGAUGUCGACGCUGACAGACUGCAGCUCUUCCUGGCGAAGGAUGGCGGCGCGUGGCUCAAGACCAGCUCAGAAGCUGCGAAGCAGUUGCAGAAGAGGGUGGCGACGGAUACUAUCAAAGCGCUGAUGCACAAAGACAAAGAGCUCCUGGGCGGAUUGGACAUCAAUACCGUGUUGAAGGGUAUGAACCCUCCAGCCAACGACCAGAUCCACGUGCUGGUGAAGCUGCCC